AGUGGGCCCAUACAAGGCCUAGCUCGAGCUAGCCAAUCGAUGCAAAGGGAAAACAAAUCCUAAAAUUCGUCAAGGAAAGCGAAACUGUAAUAAAUAAAUGUUUUUUGUUCAUAGUUCGUGUAUUAAUGCAUAAGGUGAGUCUGCAGAGCAUCGCGGAACUGUGUGUUUGAAGGUACAAUGGCUUUAGUGUCAGCAGACACCAAAAUCGCAGAGUUGCUGAAUGAGCUGCAUCAGCUCAUAAAGCAAACUCAGGAAGAGCGAUCGAGAAGUGAACACAACCUUCUCAACAUCCAGAAAACACAUGAAAGGAUGCAAACAGAGAAUAAGACUUCUCCAUACUAUCGGACAAAACUGAGGGGUCUUUACACUACAGCUAAAGCUGAUGCUGAGGCUGAAUGUGGUAUACUUCGCCGGGCGCUUGACAAGAUUGCCGAAAUUAAAUCCCUUCUGGAGGAGAGACGGAUUGCUGCCAGGAUGGCAGGAGUGUACAGUGACACCGACCCACCCAGAAAGACCAUGCGCAGAGGGGUCCUGAUGACCCUGUUACAACAGUCAGCCAUGACACUUCCUCUCUGGAUCGGCAAACCUGGCGAGAGUCCACCACCACUGUGUGGCGCUAUACCAGCAAGCAGUGACUAUGUGGCUAAACAGGGUGACAAGGUGGCGGCGCGUGUGAAGGCCGUAGAUGGUGAUGAGCAGUGGAUUCUUGCAGAAGUUGUCAGCUACAAUCACUCCACCAACAAAUAUGAAGUGGAUGACAUUGAUGAAGAGGGUAAAGAGAGACACACGUUGAGUCGGAGAAGAAUAAUUCCUCUUCCACAGUGGAAAGCAAACCCAGAGACCGACCCAGAGGCCCUCUUCAGUAAGGAUCAGCUGGUGCUGGCCCUCUAUCCACAGACCACGUGCUUUUACAGAGCUCUGAUCCACACGCCGCCACAUCGGCCCCAGGAUGACUACUCGGUUCUGUUUGAGGAUACAUCUUAUGCUGAUGGCUAUUCUCCACCUCUCAACGUCGCUCAGCGAUAUGUAGUGGCCUGCAAGGAGAACAAAAAGAAGUGAUAGAAAUAUACAAAAUGGGACAUUAUUUGCAAAAAGAUCCUGCAUGGUUGUUGUGAUUGAAAACAGGAUUUUGAGUAUCGAUUCUGUUUUUAUGUGUUAUUUUCCCCAUUUUCUGUUACCAUGUACAUAGUAUUGGUAUAUUUUAUACUGCAUCUUUUGUAUGAUGUUUUUGUGAAUCUGAAUGCAAGGAGACCAACUGCAAUGGAAUUGGGCUUAAGUAAUAAACCCUUUACAUGUGAAUUAAAGGUACACAAAUCACAAAUCUAUUGUCUGUAUUUUGUAAUGGCCAAAUAGUAUGUUUCAAAUGUUAAAAAUGGAUCUUGUAAAGGGCUUGUAACCACCACAGAUACUCAGAACUACACAUUCACCAAACAGUGGUCAAUAAUUUUAUUUUAUUUUUUAAUGGCAGAUUAUUUUAAGUUUUUUUUAUAUUAAUCUUGAAUAUAUAAUUCCAUCCUUGAUCUUGAGAUAAAUUAAAUCUU